AGAGCUAAUACGUCAUUUUCAACAUUUAACAUUUCAGGUUGUUAGUAAUUAACAUUUAAUGUUGUUAUUAAUUAACACUUACCUCUUAAUUCCAGGUUCCAGUUCAAGUGUCAGUCUAGGUUCCCCUUCAAGAGGCAGUCCAAGUUCCCCUUCAAGAGGCAGUCAGGUUCUACCAGUGAGGGUUCCAAUUCAAGAGCCAUUCCAGGUUCCAGUUCAGGUGCCAGUUCAGGUGCUAGUUCAGGUUCCCCUUCAAGAUGCAGUCCAGCCUGAUGUUGUUACUCAGCUUGAGGUGGAAGAUAAUCAAUGGGAGAUUCCAGAUGAUGUUUUGGAUGCUCAUUGGCAUCAUAUUGAGGGCAAUGAUGGAGGCAUUACAAGUGUUAGAGAGAAUCCACCAAAAAAACCAAGAAGGAACAAACUCCCAACCAAGAAGUAGCAUACAAGAUCAGGAG